AUGUCCCAGCUGGUGCCUUCGCGCUGCUCUGCUGCCGCCUGCGUCGCUGUCCUGCUCGGCUGCGCCUGCCUCAGCUUGGCUGCGCCAAGUGAGUCGCGGGGCCAGGGUCGAGCCUUUAUCUUCCUCAAGCCUGAAGACAGAGCCACCUGCCCUGGGGCAUCUCCACAAGUUCUCCUCAGCAGCAGCCUCGCCACCCGCCUCCUGCCCGCCCUCUACUCGCUGCUGCUGCUGGUGGGGCUGCCAGCCAACGGCCUGGCCUGCUGGGUGCUGCUGGCCAACUUCAGGAGGUGUUCCAGCAGCCUCUUCUUGCUCAACUUGGCGGCUGCCCACCUGCUCUUCCUCCUGGUGCUGCCUCUCAAGAUCUCCUACCACCUGCUGGGCCACCACUGGCUCUUUGGGGAGCGCCUGUGCCGCGCCACGGUGGCCUCCUUCUACGGCAACCUCUACGGCUCCAUCCUCUUCGUCACCUGCGUCGGCCUGGAGCGCUACGUCUCCGUGGUGCACCCCUUCCUGUGGAAGGGCUCCAGCUGGGCCUGGGGCAAGGCAGCCCUCUGCCUGCUGCUCUGGCUGCUGGUGGGGCUGGCCAUGACCCCGCUUCUCCUGCACCCCCAGACGACAGCCAUCCCCGGCCUGAACGUCACCACGUGCCACGACCUGCUGGAGGGGGAGCGGCAGCGUGCCCUCAGCGGCUACUUCCUCCUCUUGGUGGGGCUGGGCUUUGGCUUGCCCUUCGUCCUCAUGACCGCCUCCUACAGCUGCAUCCUGGCGCGGCUGCUGGCCAAGGGCAGGCAGCACAGGCAGGUGGUGCGGGUCCUGGCCUUGGUCCUUCUGCUCUUCCUCUUCUGCUUCACCCCCAGCAACGUGCUGCUCGUCGUCCACAGCGUGCUGUACGCCUCGGGCUGCAGCACCAACGUCAGCUACAUGCUGUACAGCCUGGCCCUGGUGCUGGCUGCCUUCAGCACCUGCUUCGAUCCCUUCCUCUACUUCUACAGCUCCCAGGAGUUCCGCGGCUGGGUGCGACGCGCAGGCAGCCGCUGCCUGGCAGGGCUGGAGGCCUCCUCAGGGAGGACCUCAGGCCUGCCCCUGAGGUCCAGCGAGCAGAGCCAGCUGUAG